AUGGUUAAACGAUUUAAUGGGUUCGACUUUUGGGAGCAGAGGUACAGGGCACAGCAGGGAUUGGAAUCUGAAGUUGAAUCUGAGCCCGAGUCUGAUAUCGACAGCCAACCCUCCCUUGUCGACAGUCCAGUCAUUGCACCCGAAGCGAUAACACCAGUCGAAAUACAACAACCUUGGCCACAAUCGUCUAAAACAGAUGGCAUCGUUCGAUCAAGACCGAUACUCAUCCAGAGCAUUGGCGUUCACGAUGUCCGCAAUUCAAUGUCCUAUACUCCUUCGUUAGACCACUACAGCCAAUCUGCAUCCGUCUUGCACCCUGGCAGCUGGGAAGAGAAAGAAGAAUUCCUCACAGUUAUCAAGAGGAACGAUUCAACCACUUCCAGCAAACAAAGUUCCCGCCAUGCAAGCCCAAUUGAGUUUACAAAAUCUCCAAUCGUCAUCGUCCCCUCCAAUAACACACCACUCCUACGACGCUCCCCUCUCAAAAUACAAACAACCAACCUCUCUCGUGGCGCACGUGCCCAGCAACGACACUCCGCACUUCCUAAACUCUCUAUCAACAACAGCCCUCCCAAACAUAGACAUACCUUUAUGUCUUCAGCAGACUGCACGCCCUGUCAAACAGACAAGGCAUUUGAUGCCCUUGCCGACGUCCUCAAGCAGAAGCAAUUGGCAAUGAUAGAACCCUCCACAAUCCUCCGACCAAGCAAGGACAGUCCUAUACCUGAACUCAGAUCACCUACACCGAUUCGUCCAAAGAUCAUAUCCCAGCAUCUCGAGAGGGCGCAGCUUUGGGCAGAGAGUCAACAGGACUUUGAUAGCUCAACGGCAAGCACCUUGUCCAGCCCUAUGAGCCCCAUGAUGUCAAUUGAUAUAAUGGAUAAUAAGAAGAGUCCCAUCAAGCCAGGGAUCGUGCCUAUGGGAUGUAAUCUGGAUCACGACUUGAACGACUUUCUGAAGUGGGAGUCCAAAAAUGUUUGUGCAUAUGGUUAUGGAACGAAUGGAUGGAGUUUCUCCCCAUAA